AUGACAGAAAUCCUGAAAGAUGUCAGAGUACACAUAACCAGCUAUGGUUGUUCCUCUGAGACCCAGGGGUGGAGGGAACGGGAGAAUCGGUGUUUGACACUGUUAGAAGAAAAAAUUGAUCGUGGCAGAAAUGCCCGUUUUCAGGAGUUAAGACUCAAAUGCAUUGCAUCACCCAAAGACAAUGAAGAGCGCGUGUUCCGGGAGCGUAUGCGCCCCAGAAAGCGGCAGGGCGCUGUGCGACGCAGAGUACAUCAGGUUAAUGGACACAAGUUCAUGGCCACCUAUCUUAGACAACCAACGUACUGUUCACACUGCAGAGAUUUUAUAUGGGGUGUAAUAGGAAAACAGGGAUACCAGUGUCAAGUUUGCACUUGUGUAGUCCACAAGAGAUGCCAUGAACUUAUAAUAACGAAGUGUGCUGGCUUAAAAAAACAGGAAACUCAUGAUGAGCAAGUGGGAUCCCAGCGUUUCAGUGUCAACAUGCCUCACAAGUUCAGCAUUCACAAUUACAAAGUGCCCACCUUCUGUGACCACUGUGGUUCAUUGCUCUGGGGUCUUUUGAGACAAGGUUUACAAUGCAAAGUUUGCAAGAUGAAUGUACAUCGACGCUGUGAAACAAAUGUGGCACCAAACUGUGGAGUAGAUGCUAGAGGCAUAGCUAAAGUUCUUGCAGAUCUUGGAGUCACUCCAGAUAAGAUCACUAAUAGUGGGCAGAGGAGGAAAAAGCUAAUUGCAGGUGCAGAGACUCAACAACCGGUUCCUGGAAGCGCAUCAUCAGAAGAAGAUAGGUCAAAGUCAGCACCAACUUCGCCAUGUGAUCAAGAAAUCAAAGAGUUGGAAAACAACAUUAGGAAAGCAUUAUCAUUUGACAAUCGGGGAGAGGAACACAGGGCAACAGCUACAACGUCAACAGACAACCAGCUUAACAAAACUGGGGAGAAUGGUGAAAAUGGGGAGGUCAAACAGGCCCAGACCAAGCGAAUAGGCCUCGAAGAGUUCAACUUCAUCAAAGUAUUAGGGAAAGGCAGCUUUGGCAAGGUAAUGUUAGCUGAGCUGAAAGGAAAAGAUGAAGUAUACGCAGUGAAAGUCUUGAAGAAAGAUGUCAUACUUCAAGAUGAUGAUGUAGACUGUACAAUGACAGAAAAGAGAAUUCUGGCAUUAGCACGGAAACAUCCGUACCUAACGCAACUUUACUGCUGCUUCCAGACAAAG